AUCCCCGCUUCAAAAAACCACUACUCCAAAAAGAAAAAGAAAAAAAUAGAAGUAGAAAGAGAAAAAACAAAAAAGAAGGCAUAAUGGUGAAGCUUACCAAUUUAUCGACCGUGGCCAUCUUGCUUGUAGCGAUCAUCGCGAUCGCGAUGAAAGCCGGGGUUACCUCGGCUGGCCCAUCGGCGAAGGAGGUUCUCUCCGAUUCUUACUACGAGACUUGCAAGAGCAAGGUCGGAAAGGCCUGCGGAAUAACGAUCGUGAGCGAAAUGUUCUUCCAGAAUGCAACCACGGACGCUCCGUGUUGCAGGAAGAUGUUGACAAUGGGGAAGAAUUGUCACGCUAAUAUGUUGGGGAAGAUCUUGAAGGUGUCUCCCUUCAAGGAGAACAAGGCUCUUGCACUGCAGAGGAGCAGGGCAAUAUUGGCCAGGUGUUCUUCGCUAAAGAAGUAAAUUUGGUUGCAAAUCAACUGCGAAGAAAAUCUGUUGUAUUUUAUAUAUAUGGUGGUUGUGUAACACAGAAAUAAAAGGAAUAGUUCAAAGAAAAUCUGUAUACUAGAGAUUAAAAGAAAUUUGUUCAUUAACUUUUCUGUUUGGUUUGAUCAAGAAUUGUCUAAUAGAAAUA